AUGUUGCCGCUAAAGUCGCCAAUACACCACGCACAAACUUCUCACAGCAGUGUUGUUGAGCUUUGUGGCGCUGAUGGCAUGGUUGGACAAGCCAAUUUCACAGGCGAACUACAUGUUCUUCUCCGCAGGACGGCUCGGUGCAUCAUUUUGAAGGCAUUGCGUCGAAGUGUCGAAGAUCGGAUCAUAGGACAAGGACACGGCCCGCCCCCUCUUGUACCGGUACCUGUACCACAGCCUGGAAGUGUAUUGAAGAGUACGCAGAGUGUUCCAAAUGGUGAAAAGGCCUCGACCUUGGGGACUACUGCUCUCCUACUAACAGUGAGGCUAGUCUACUUAGUGCCCGACGAUAGCUCAGCCCAAAUGCCAGGUCAAGCGAGCCAUGCUACACCACGCCAUCUCCAUGUGGUAAAUCCAAGAUUGGUUGGUUCAUCACCAGUCCACAAUUUGUUGCAUCACAUAUACCGGCAGUGCAUUGACUUUGCUCGUCUCAAGGAAACCGGAUUUGAUGGCAGAAAACAUAGGUACUACAAGAAUGGAUGUCACGACCAAUCAGGACCAGGCUUGCAACACAGUACGCCUCACAGACCAGGCUUCUCUGCAAUCUACUUUCUACGCCUUUGUGGUCUCUUGGACAAAGCCUCGUCCACCUCGGAUGCGCCGUCUGAGGAGACUUUAGCACAACACUAUCUUAUCACCAUUACAACAUAA